AUGGCCGGCCUGGGGCGGCCGGGCCCGGGGCCCCGCGCCGGGCUGCCCGCCUGGAAGCGGGAGAUCCUGGAGCGGAAGCGGGCCAAGCUGGCGGCCCUGAGCGGGGGCUCGGGGGCGGACGCGGCGGGGCCCGCGGAGCCGGCGGACGAGCGGCUGGUGCUGGCCGAUAGCCUGGGCCCGCUGCGGGAGAACCCGUUCAUGCGGCUCGAGUCGGAGCGGCGGCGCGGGGCGCGGCGCGGCGGGGGCGCGGGCACGGUGGGGGCGCGGCCGGUGCAGCAGCUCCUGGAGCUGUACCGCCGCGUGCCGGGGGUGCGCACCAUCCGCGCCGACAACAUCCUCAUCAUCGAGUCGGCGCCCGGCUUCCCUCCCGCCGCUGCGGAUCUCGCCGCUGGCUCGGCUGCUCGCAUCCGCGCCGCCGAGGUGCUCGUAUACGAGGCGCAGCCGCCUCCCGGCCGCGUCAGCCGUCUGCUCCAGAAGUUCGACCCGCCGGCCGCACCGGGCCGUCGCGGGAGCCCGGAGCGCAGUCGCCCCCAGCCGCCGCCGCCGCCGCCGCCGCCCAGCCCCGGUCCAGCCGCCCCGCGCGUGGGCGAGCGCGUCGCCUGCUUUGAGCCCGAGCGCCGCGGCGCAAGCCCAGGGGCCCGGCGCAGCGACUUCCUGCAGAAGACCAGCAGCAACUCUUUCACCGUCCACCCUCGGGGCCUGCACCGCGGUGCGGGCGCUCGCCCGCUCCCCAACGGGCCCGCGGUCCCGGAGUCCCGGGCCGGCGCUGCCAACGGCAUCGCGGGCUCCGCGCUUGGGCCGGGCGAAUACAAGCCAAAGGUGGAAUCGGGGGAGCCCCCCCGCCACCCGCCCCCCAGUCCCGGGACCCCCAGUGCCACUCCAGCCGCGCCCAUGCCCAGUCCUACCAGUGCCACUCCCAGCCAGCGCCACUGGGUCUCCUCGGCCACCAGCGCCAACGACUCCUUUGAGAUACGGCCGGCCUCCAAGCCAGAUAUGGACACGAUUCCCGCCGGGGACCUGCAGGCCCGGGCUCUGGCCAGUCUCCGAGUGAAUUCCCGCAACUCUUUCGUGUUCGUCCCCAAGCGCAAGGCCUCUGGGGCCCCUCCUCCCCAAGGGAGGCAGUCCGUGAGGCUGCCAGAGGGAGAGGUUGCCUGGGCUUCCCAGCACUCGCAGCGUGGAGCCCAGCUGGUGCCUGUCUGCGGGAGGAGCCCCUUGGGGGCUCAGGAGGGGGCCUGCCCCAGGCCAGCCACUGCCCUAGUGGACCGGGCUGUUAGGUGGCAGAGGCCAUCCUCACCACCCCCGUCCCUGCCGGCUGCCGCCGAAGCCGAGCCUUCCCAGGGCUUUGGGGUUCCCUGCUUGGCCAAGAAUGGCGGGGAGCCUGGAAGGCCAGGACUGCCCGUCACCUUCAUCGACGAAGUGGACUCGGAGGAUGAGGUCCCCCAAGAAGCCAAACUGCCCUGCUCAGGGGCCAGUGCGCCUCCCCACUACCACACAUCAGAGCUCUCGCACCGAGGUGGCAACACCUUCACGGUGGUGCCCAAGAGGAAGCCAGGGGUCCUGCAGGCCAAUGGAGAGCCCGGGCCAAAGGAGGCCGAGGAAGUGGAGGCGGACGGCCUCUCAGAUGCCCCUGCUGUCCUAGGGGCCUCACUGAAGAAGCGCUACCCUACAGUGCAUGAGAUCGAGGUGAUUGGCGGCUACCUGGCCUUGCAGAAGUCCUGCCUCACCAAGGCUGGCUCCUCAAGAAAGAAGAUGAAGAUCUCCUUCAACGACAAGAGCCUGCACACCACGUUCGAGUACCCUUCCGAGAGCUCUCUGGCACAGGAGGCGGAGGCGGAGACCGAGGUGGAGGGAGAAGAGGAGGAGGGCGAGGAGGAGGUGGAGGAGGGAGGGUCCGGCUUAAAUGGGGCGGUGGAGAAGCCCUUUGCUCUCUUCCUGCCCCGAGCCACCUUUGUGAACAGCGUGGCGCCCGAGAGCCCUCGCCUGCCAGACGGUAGCUCAGGCCUGUCCAGCUACACUCCAAAGCACUCCAUGGCCUUCAGCAAGUGGCAGGAGCAGACUAUGGCACAGGCCCCCAGCGAGGUGGAGCACUCCCAGAAGGAGGUCAUGCUUACCCCUGCCAGUCACAACGACCUUUCGGACUUCCGCAGCGAGCCAGCCCUGUAUUUCUGACUCCAGUCCCACCAGGAUGGCCAAGCUCCACCCUCACUCUGCACAAUUCUUCUGCCCCGCCAGUUUCUGCCCCCCCAUAACACCUCCCCUCCCCCACCUUCCUGGAGCCUCAGAACCAUGCUGCUGGUACUUAAGGCCUGAGCCUGGGGCACCAGGGGCCACUCCUUCCUUUGGGGCCCUGCUCUCCAGCCAUGGUUUGGGGCAGGGUCCUGCUGGCAGCUACACCCAGUGACCAUUGGGUGUGUCCAGGGUGAAGGACCCGUGGCUGAGCUCAGCCUGUCUCCUGUGUGACGAGUGGAAGUCUAUUCUUACCUCUGAUGACGGACUUAAUAAACAGCGCUGGAUGA